GCAAGAAAAAACAUCCUUUAUUUGUCGAGGUUUUGAAGAUGGAUGGGGGUCUAGGGGAGAUGUCCCUCCACGGUCACCCCGACCUGGCCCACGGCCAGGACGGCAGGGCCAUGCUGCACUCCAGGGACCUCUCGGCCGCCUUCCCCAGGCCCUCCCUCGGGGGCCCCUCCAUGUCCCUGGAGCCGGAGCCCCGUGCGCCGGGCUUCGACCACUCCAUGUCGGCCCUGGGCUACAGCGGCGACUCGCCGUCGAGCUCCGGCAGCACCUACACCACGCUGACCCCCUUGCAGCCCUUCGACGACAAGUUCCACCACCACCACCACCACCACCACCCCUGCCUCCCCGUCAGCAACGUCAUCGGCAGCUUCACCCUCAUGCGCGAGGACCGGGGCCUCGGCGCCAACUUCUACAACCCGUACGGCAAGGACCUGGCCAUGUCCCAGAGCCUGUCGCCCCCCUCCACGGGUUCGGGCCUGACCUCCUCCAUGCACGGCUACGGCAGCCUGGGCAACAGCCCCAACGGCAACGGGGGCCAGAUGCUGCACGCCGGCUACGACGUCCACGGGGGGAGCCUCUUCUGCCGGACGUCAGAUUUCGGCCGCGAGAUGUCGCCGCCGGGCCUGGGCGCCGGCGACGGGUCAGUGGGGCAUCAGCUGAACAAGAUGGAGGCUCACCAGCACGCCCCGGGCCACCACCCUCACAUCUACGGCCAGCACUACCAGCCCCCCCACCACCACCACCACCACCACCCGAGCCAGCAGGCCUCCAAGAUGGGCGAGCACCUGCACUCCUCGUCGUCCGCCUUGUCCUCGCCCGGCGAGGGGAUGCUGCCGGGCCCGCCGGGCGGCGGCGGGGGCGGCGGGGAGGAGAUCAACACCAGAGACGUGGCCCAGAGGAUCAUCACCGAGCUGAAGAGGUACAGCAUCCCGCAGGCCAUCUUCGCCGAGAGGGUUCUGUGCAGGUCACAGGGCACGCUGUCUGACCUCCUGAGGAACCCCAAGCCCUGGGGCAAGCUCAAGUCGGGCCGCGAGACCUUUAAGAGGAUGUCCCGCUGGCUGCAGGAACCCGAGUUUCAAAGAAUGGCCUCGCUCCGUCUGGAGGGUAAGACCUGGCUUUGCUCUCUAUCUCACACACACACACACACACACACACGUGUAGAGAAACAACAGACACACUAACUCUCCUUGUUUUCCCCAAACACCGUCCUUCUUCAUGUCUUCCAAACACAAACACACACAAAAAAAUCCUUCCGCCCGGGCAAUCAGUAUGCAGCUCAGGGUGAGACACCAGGAAAAAGCAAAAGCAUCAUACUGAUGUUUCCUCCUCUUCUUCACGCCGCUGUGAAUGCACCACCGCUUCCGUCCAUUGUCUCAAACGACCCCGGACAAUGGGAACUUAGCAGCGCGUUGAGGACAGU